AUGUCCUUUCUCUUUGGUGGCGGCCGGCCUCAACCGACGUCCGCAGAAAAGAUCGCAGCCGCUGAAAAUGAAGUUGAGAUGGUCUCAGACAUGUUCAACAGAUUAACGCAAUCCUGCCUGAAGAAGUGCAUACCGGCCGACUACCGCGAAGGCGACCUCAACAAAGCCGAGAGUGUCUGUCUCGAUCGCUGUGUAGCCAAGUUCUUCGAAGUCAACAUGAAAGUGUCAGAAAAGAUGCAGGGCGAGGCCGCCAUGAGACAAGGAGGAGGAGGCGGUGGUGGAGGUAUGUUUGGAAUGUAA